AUGCCAGAGGCAAGGACAAUUUUGAAUGUACUUAAAGAGAGGAGUGGCACUUUGUUUACCCACAGGCUCACUGCUGACCAAUUUGUACCAGACGUGUCGAGGGCAGUUGAGAUUUAUGAGCGAAAUAUUACAGAAGAGCGUCAGAGGGUGUUUCACACACCACGACUAGUUUCCAAGGGAGCACAUUUUGCAUACUGUAUUCCGGAAAGACGUGAACAUUAUCGACCACUUUUGACCUCGCAAAAGGCUCUAGUCGAUUUACAACUGAAUAUGGAUGACGAGCUUCUCAGUCUGAUAAAUGGGACCAAAGUGUACAGUGACAAGGAUAAAAACAUAUUUCCGUACAGCAUGGCAUAUGCUGGGUUCCAAUUUGGUCAAUUUGCUGGACAGCUCGGUGACGGGCGUGUUGCUAAUCUGUUUGAAAUCGACGACGCCAAAGGACGUCCGCAGACGUUACAAAUUAAGGGUUCUGGAAUUACACCUUUUUCGCGGUUUGCGGACGGCAAAGCUGUGGUACGCUCCAGUAUUCGAGAAUUUAUCAUAUCGGAAUCUCUUCACCAUAUUGGAAUUCCCUCGACCAGAGCACUGCAAUUGACUGCUCUGCCAGGCACAAAGGCCCAGCGAGAGACUUCGGAGCUUUGCGCUGUUUAUUGCAGAUUUGCUCCGAGCUGGAUCCGUCUCGGAAAUUUUGAUUUGUGUAGAUGGAGAGGCGAUCACGACGGACUUGUCAAACUGACAGAUUUUUGCAUUGACACGGUGUUUGAGCAAGGAAAAGACUUCCCAGAAGCGAUAGAUCUCAAUGUUUACAAGAAAGACUAUUUUAAGAAUGAGGAUAUCGGUUCAGAGACAAUCGAACUUGGGCCCAUAGAAGGAACCACGAAGUAUGAGUUAUUUUUUCGUCACGUCGUCAACUUAAAUGCUGAGGCUGUGGCGUGUUGGCAAGCCUACGGGUUUUUAAAUGGGGUUCUUAACACAGAUAACACCUCUAUUAUGGGGCUCGCAAUGGAUUUUGGCCCUUUUAGCUUUUUGGACAAAUUUGAGCCUCGUUAUACUCCAAAUCAUGAUGACAUUCAAUUACGGUACUCCUUUGCUAAUCAACCAAGUGCGAUUUGGUGGAAUUUGACUAAAUUUGCGCAGGCAAUGGCCACUUUGAUAGGUGCUGGUCCCAAACACAUUGACAAAUUUACUAAUCAGGGCGAAUUAGAUGAAGUGGAUCUCUCUCUUGGGGAGGAGCUCACCGAAAGAGCAAAUAGAGUUAUUGCACACGCAUCUCAUGAGUUUAAGUUUCGUUUCAUGGUUAGAUACGCGAGUCUUAUGGCCCACAGGAUUGGAAUAAAUCUAAAUUUGUCAAAUGACUUGUCAAACAAGGAUGGGUGUGAACAAAUCGCAGUCAAGGUCAGUGAGUUUAACUCUUCCAUAUUGGAACCUCUGCUCGACAUCCUUCAUGUAUCGCAAGUGGACUACAACAACUUCUUUGUGAAAUUGCAAGGCUACAAUGGCCCCUUUUUGGCAAGCGGAGAGUCACAAUUCGAGGGUGUCGACCCUGGGUUUUUGAAGGUUUUCUUUAGUGAAGCUCAGGAAAAGAAGCUUGUGGAUCACUAUCACGGCGUUCCUGUUAAUGACUCUGGCGAAACAAGGAUUCUGAUAGAGAAGGUACAUGACCUGCGCAAAUGGAUCGAUCACUAUCUCGCCUUUGCAUCGAAUGAUCCCGACGAAAGAUUUUCACUUGCCAGUAAUGUAAACCCUAUUUUCACGCCAAGGAAUUACAUAUUCGAUCAAGUGAUCGAAGAUUUAACUUCGAAACAGGGCGAAAACCUCGGCGACGCUGAAAAGCCUCUAGAUUUAUCAUUGCUGAAUAAACUCUAUCUCAUGAGUGUUAAUCCAUACAAUCCCAAUAAAUGGGACGACUCAUUGAGACCGGAGGUGGUUAAAGGUUGGAUUACACAUGGAGAGGAGACUGAAAAGUUUAUGAGACAAUGCAGCUGCUCUAGCUAA